AUGGGUUCACUUGCGGCGGAGGGGCCGGCUGCGGCGGUGGACACGCCGCCGCACGUCGUGUGUGUACCGUACCCGGCGCAGGGCCACGUCACGCCGAUGCUGAAGCUGGCGAAGCUGCUCCACGCCCGGGGGUUCCACGUCACCUUCGUCAACACCGAGUUCAACCACCGCCGCCUCCUCCACUCGCGCGGCCCGAACGCGCUCGACGGCGUCCACCGGUUCCACUUCGCCGCCAUCCCCGACGGUCUCCCGCCGUCCGACGCCAACGCCACGCAGGACGUCCCCGCGCUCUGCUACUCCACCAUGACCAACUGCCUCCCGCACCUCCUGUCCCUCCUCACGAGGCUUGGCGCUGACUCCUCCGGCUCCGGGGCGCCGCCCGUCACCUGCCUCGUAGUCGACGGCGUCAUGUCGUUCGGCUACGACGCCGCGAGGGAGAUCGGCGUCCCAUGCGCCGCGCUCUGGACCGCAAGCGCGUGCGGCCUCGCGGGAUACCGGCACUACCACCAGCUCGUCGAACGGGGCCUCGUGCCUUUCAAGGAUGAGGCGCAGCUCGCCGACGGCGUGUACCUCGACACAGUGGUGCACGGUGCGCGCGGCAUGUGCGACGGCGUGCGGCUCCGCGAUUUCCCCAGCUUCAUCCGCACCACGGACUGCGAUGACAUCAUGCUCAACUUCUUCAUCCACGAGGCCGGGCGGCUGUCGCUCCCCGACGCCAUCAUGGUGAACACCUUCGACGACCUCGAGGGGUCGACGCUCGAUGUCAUCGGCUCAAUGCUCCCGCCGCUGUACACUGUUGGCCCUCUCCUUCUCCACACACGUCAUGCUCUUACAGAGGGCGGCCAGCUCGACAGCCUCGGCUCCAACCUCUGGAAGGAGCAGAACGGCCUGCUCGAGUGGCUCGAUGGCCACGCGGCGCGCUCCGUCGUGUACGUCAACUAUGGAAGCAUCACGGUGAUGACGAACGAGCAGCUGCUGGAGUUCGCGUGGGGGCUAGCUGGCAGCGGGUACGCAUUCAUCUGGAACAUCCGGCCUGACCUAGUGAAGGGUGACACUGCUGUUCUGCCACCAGAGUUCCUGUCCGCCGUUGAGGGCCGGGCUAUGCUGACCACAUGGUGCCCGCAGGAGGCGGUGCUGGCGCACGAGGCGGUGGGGCUGUUCCUGACGCACUCCGGGUGGAACUCGACUCUAGAGAGCAUCAGCGCAGGGGUGCCGAUGCUGAGCUGGCCUUUUUUUGCGGAGCAGCAGACCAACUGCCGGUACAAGUGCACAGAGUGGGGCAUCGGUAUGGAGAUCGGCGGAGAGGUGAGGCGGGCAGAGCUGACGGAGAUGAUAAGAGAGGUCAUGGGCGGGGAGAAGGGGCGGGAGAUGCACCGGCGUGCGGCGGAGUGGAAGGAGAAGGCCAUCGCAGCGACACUGCCCGGUGGGCCAGCAGAAAGAAAUCUGGACAAGGUUGUCAAUGAGGUGCUGCUCGGCAAGAGAGAUAGGAGCAGCCUGCACCAAAAUACCACUACAAAUGCAGGAAACUAAGAAGGGUACAGACAGAGACCUGGAGAGCAUGUUUUUUAUAAAAUAAAAGUUGUUCUUAUGAUGUGUGGUGAAAUAUUUAGUGGUUUAGGUAACGGAAAAAACUAUAUCUAGAAAUGUUUCUAAAUAU